AUGUCGGAUGUGGAGAAAGCCGCGCCCACACCUGCGGAGCACGAGGCAGCCCCCGACGGCGGGAGCCAGGCCUGGCUCGUUGCGGCCGGAGGCGCGUGCAUCAUGUUCUCCUGUCUGGGGUUUGCGAACUCGUUUGGCGUGUUCCAAGAAUACUACGAGGCCAAUCAGCUGCGCGUUGAGUCGUCCAGCAAGAUCUCCUGGAUCGGGUCGCUAUGUACAUUCCUACAGUUCGCAGCCGGUGGACUAGGGGGUCCAUUGUUCGAUCGCUAUGGCACGUGGGUCAUCCGUCCGGCGGCAGUCGUCUACAUCUUCGCCAUGAUGAUGACCAGUCUCUGCUCGGAAUACUGGCAGUUCAUGCUGGCGCAGGGCGUCCUUCUCGGCACGGCAAUGGCCUUCCUCCAGCUGCCGGCUUUCGCCGCCGUGUCACAGUACUUUGACAAGAAGAAAGCCGCGGCCCUCGGGCUGAUCGUGUCCGGCUCAUCGAUUGGGGGCGUGGUCUUCCCGAUUGCGCUGUCCAAGAUGCUGAACAGCUCGUCGCUCGGGUUUGGUUGGUCGGUGCGAGUGAUGGGGUUCGUGGUCAUACCCCUGAUGGCGUUCGCGUGUACAGUGGUCAAGCCUCGCCUGCCCCCGCGCACGACCUCAUUCUUCAUCCCGGAGGCCUUCACGCAAGCCCGGUUCGAUCUCAUCAUCGCCGCCUUCUUCUUCAUGUUCAUUGGGCUGUUCACCCCGCUGUUCUAUCUCCCCACCUAUGCAGUGACCCGGGGCAUGGACGCCACGCUGGCCUCGUACUUACUGGCGAUUCUCAACGCCGCGUCCACGUUCGGACGCAUCAUCCCCGGGAUUCUCGCGGAUAAAUACGGGCGGUUGAACAUGUUCGCCCUGGGAGGGAUCGCCACGGGGGUGAUCGGCCUCUGUAUGACCAAGGCGGAAUCCACGGCCGGGUUGGUGGUAUACGCGGUGUUUAUCGGGUUCGUAUCGGGUACCAUCGUCUCGGGAGCAAGCGCGGCAUUCACACUCUGCAUGAAGGACGCCCGGGAAAGCGGGACGUAUAUGGGAAUGGGCAUCGCUACCAGCUCCGUCGCCGCCUUGAUCGGGCCCCCCGUGAUUGGAGCACUGUUCGAUCAUUACGGAGGGUUCCUGCAGGCGUCCAUUUUCAGCGGCGUUCUGUCUUUGGUGGGCGGCUGCAUUGCCUUUGCUGCGAAGGCUACCACACCAGUGGGUCUGCUGGGACGAGUAUAG